UCGGAAAAAAAUUGAGUGGCAACACUGUCCGUGGAAAUUUCAAUCUCAAAUCGUAAGAAUAACGUGAUUUUUAGUGUUGUAAACGUCUCUUUCAAAAAUUACCUCGCGCAAAUGGAGUCCUCAGAAUCAAGUGCCGAGCAUUUACAUGAGUUUUUGUUUACUUCAAAUACUUUGCCGGCUGAUCCAGCAUUAGGUAUAUUGGAAAAUAACCAUGGAAGAACGAGCCCUUACCACUGGACAACAAUGAGUGAUACAAUGAUAGUCUCGCCAACAGCGGGUCGAACUGUUUUGGACGUUGUGGUUUGCAGUGGUACUGAUACACCAAAGUAUGCUAUUUCUAAUUGCCAAACCUCGGGGAUGAAGAGUGGAACAGGAAUCAGAUCUCAAUCAGUAUCAAAUCUAAGUGACAAGAAAUUUAGACCCUCUGAUGAAGAAAUUUUACAAUUGAAAAACAAAUUCCUGCUUCUUGCUGAACUAAGAAACAGGAGAUUUUUCAGACUGCUGGAGAAAAAUCAAAAGUGGACACUUGCUCUUGUAUGUGCUGUCUAUUUCUUCUGUUAUUCUGCAAUUUCCAUGCUUUCGCCAUUCUUCUUAAAGAUAGCAGUUUUGCAUAACAUUUCCACAAGCACAUAUGGUUUGAUUUUCAGUAUUCAUCCUGCUGUAGUGUUCUGUACAUCCCCUUUUAUUGGUCAUAUCACACCUUCCUUAGGACCAAAAUUUACAUUUAUAUCAGGUAUUUUUCUCUGUGGAAGUUGCAAUGUGCUGUUUGGAACACUUGAAUAUGUCCAGGAUGACACCCAGUUUACUGUACUCUGUUUCAUUAUAAGAGGAUUGGGAGCUGUUGGAGCCGCAGCAUUCUCAACAGCCGGAGCCACCUACGUUGCAAACAUGUUCCCCGAUAAAGUCAGCGUAGUUAUGGGUACAUUGGAAACGUGCAUUGGCUUGGGAUUUUCGAUUGGACCUUUAAUCGGUGGAGCUCUAUUCACGUUAGGAGGCUUUCAGCUUCCAUUCUACGUUAUGGGUUCGGUAAUGCUUCUGACGUUACCAUUCACUUUUCAUAUCCUACCAAAAGCCAACCAUAUCAAUAACAUGGGACAUCUUGGAACAAAAUUGUUGACAAUAUUCAAAAUGCCAGUUGUCUCCAUUGUUUGUUUAGUAAUUGUUGUAUCGUCAAGCGCUUGGAGUGUUUUGGAACCAACUCUGGUUAUCCAUAUGAAGCAGCUUGCUCCUAUGCGACUUGGACUUCUAUUCCUUGUAACCUCAUUCAGUUAUGCCAUUUCUAGUCCGUUUUGGGGCUGGCUAGUUGGCAGAUAUGAUCAUGAGAAUUUAAUGAUGAUUGUGGGUUUGUCGGCUACUGCAAUUAGUUUACUAUUACUUGGACCUUCUCCUGUUCUACCGGAACUUCCUAAGUUAUUGUGGCUCGACAUCUUAUCCCUUUUUCUGAUCGGUGUAUUUGUAGCCAUGGCAUACGUGCCCACAUAUCAGGCUUUGCUCGGAUAUGCCAUACAAGUAGGCUGUGACAUGGAAUUGAGUACGUAUAGCGCCAUUGCGGGGUUAUGGGCAUCCAUGUAUUCCUUGGGAGAGGUUUUAGGUCCAUGCGUCGGUAGUGUAAUAGUUGACGUGUAUGAUUUUCCCAUGGCUAUGACAACUUUUGGAUUACUCAAUUUGGCGGUGGCACUAUUAUUGCUAUUCAAUCAGGUGUGCGCAGCCAUUUGGUUGAAACAAAAUUCCUCCAGUACGCAACUUCCAUUAUCCAAUAACGAUACACCUAACAUCGUUCAAGUUGGACUCACGAUCCCCGGAAUCUCCAUUGACGAAGAAGAAAAGCUAAUUUUCAAGAAAGAUACACAUCAGACAUACGGCACAGCAUGCUGAAGUAAAAAGGAUUUUUUCCAAAAAAAUGUGACCUUUGUAGGAAACACUUCUGAAAUAAUCUAAGAUAGCGUGAUCAAUAUUUUACGUUGGUUGAGUAGCGCUGUCCUUUUCAAUACGUUUGGUUGUUUAUUCUUUCCUGUAAGUCCCGAAUCGCAAGAUUCUUUUGUUUGAAGCGAAAACGAUUUCUUUAGAGAUUUCUUUUCGAUUUCUUUAGAGGCAACCAUUCAUCAGAUGUAAUACACAGUAGAUGAAGAGCUA